UCUGAGGGGGCCCCUUCAUGCCAUCCUCCGUAAAUCUGUGCCACCUCUGGAUUGUCCAAAGCAAGCGAGGCGAGUGUUUUCUGUUAGUAACUGCUUCCUAAAUCUCUUCUCGAAAUCGGGGGUUGUGGGGUCAAUAAAUAAGCACCGUCUCCUCCCCCUCUUCCGCGUGGGUCAGAGUCCAAAGCGGAGCGUGCGUCCGAGAGUUGUUUGGCUGUCUGAAUUUUGGACCUGAUGAUUUGAAGGCUGUGGACGGCUGUGGCAGUCGCUUCCUGGCAAGCUGGCUAUUCCCACUUGCGUGUUUGUAGUGGGUAGAGCUGGGGCUUUGUGAGGAGUGGCUAGUGGAGCGGACUGACUGUCAGGGCCCCUGUGAGAAACGGAGGCGAAUAUUACCCCAAAGCUUUGGUUGUCAGCUCUUCGGUGGGGUCCUGAUCCAUGAGGGCGCUAUCCCAAUACAGAUGAUCGCUUUAGAUCCUCAUUAACUGCACCAUGUAGGCCGGUCCUCUCCAUUUUGUCCUUUGUCAAAUACUCUCUGUGGCCCCACAGCAUGGGGGCGACUGUCUUCGUGCAGCCCCUGGACCUGGUGAAGAACCGCAUGCAGCUGAGUGGCGAAGGGGCCAAGACCAAAGAGUACAAAACCAGCUUUCACGCCGUCAGGAGCAUCCUCAGGAAGGAAGGCGUCCGCGGCAUCUACACUGGGCUGUCGGCAGGGCUUCUGAGACAGGCGACCUAUACCACCACCCGCCUGGGCAUCUACACCAUCCUCUUCGAGAAGCUCACCAAGGCGGACGGCACGCCGCCCAACUUCUUCAUGAAGGCGGGGAUCGGCAUGACGGCCGGGGCCACCGGGGCCUUCGUGGGCACGCCGGCUGAGGUGGCGCUCAUCAGGAUGACGGCGGACGGCAGGCUGCCCCCCGACCAGAGGAGAGGCUACAGCAAUGUCUUCAACGCGCUGCUGAGGAUAACCCGCGAAGAGGGCGUGCUGACACUCUGGCGGGGCUGUGUCCCCACCAUGGCCAGAGCGGUAGUUGUGAAUGCUGCCCAGUUAGCCUCCUACUCUCAGUCCAAGCAGUUCUUGCUAGGCUCCGGUUACUUCCGAGACAACAUCUUCUGCCAUUUCUGUGCCAGUAUGAUCAGCGGGCUGGUGACCACCGCUGCUUCGAUGCCGGUGGAUAUCGCCAAGACCAGGAUUCAGAACAUGCGGAUGAUAGACGGGAAGCCGGAGUACAAGAAUGGGCUGGAUGUGCUGCUGAAAGUCAUCCGUUACGAGGGGUUCUUCAGCCUCUGGAAGGGCUUCACCCCCUACUACGCCCGCCUGGGUCCCCACACGGUCCUGACCUUCAUCUUCCUCGAGCAGAUGAACAAAUUCUACAAGAAGUUCUUCCUCAGUGCCUAAGAGAAGGCCCUGCCCUGCCCUGCCGUGGCUGGGCGCCCCCUCCCCAGACCGCAGCGCCUCCGCCGGGGAACCAGACCCGGCUCUCACCGGGUCCAAAGCAAGGAUCUGGCUGGUGCCCCUCCCCUUCCUGUGUGUUUGGUGUCAGUCACAUCACAGUUCUUUCCUGUUCCCUGAAUCACGUGAAAGGAGCGGCGGGGAGGACGGCACAGCUUCUGUCUGGACUGGGGUGGGGUGCUCCAGACGGCUCUGGAUUAUUUAUUGGGGGGGGGGGGCAAGACUGGGCCAGUACCGUGGAACGCAACCCCUCGGGUAGCAAUGGCCGACCCGCGUGCGAGGUGUAGGUCUGUGCGUUGGGCCGAGGUUUUUAUCUUGUCUCUCCCCCUUCUAUUUGCUUUGAACUCAGUAAACUGAUCAUGGUCCUA